AUGUUGCUCAUCUCUAACCGCCGCCCGGCUGUCGUGCUACAGUUCAUCUGGCUCAUGGGCACACUCCUCGGACACGCCGCCGCUCAAAACAAACCGACCGUUGGAUCAACGACUACAAGCAAUGUCGGCACCAAAGCAGAAUCCGGCAUGAUAUGCGGUCUAAAAGGAAACCAUGAUACCAAUUUGUUGACCUUUUACAUGGGAAAUUUCUUUUUCGGUGCACCCUUAACAUUCGCCUUGUGUGCCGACUGGUGCAAAGCAGACUCCCAAAAUUGCAAAGGAUUCCGAUUCUCUUUUGGAGAUACUGGGGAUCAGUAUUGCGAGUAUUUUAAGAGUUCUAUGAAUGAUGCAUUCACCCGCGAUGAUAGCUCCAAUUACUAUUACUACGACAUAACGUGCCAGGGAUUCCCAACCUUCGCCGUGACAUCCGCAGCAGCAACUACGACCUCGACGACGACGUCAACGACGACCUCGACCACAACAUCUACGACUACCACUGUUUCAACAACGACAUCCACAGCAACUUCGACCUCGACCUCGACAACUACCCGGACCUUACCCGCCGUCACUUCAAGCGUGACCAUUACAACUACCACCACUCGAACGACCACCCUUCCCGUCGUCACCUCUACCACUACCACAACCGCCGUGAGGAACAACUUCGCCACGACCACCGCCACUUCAACCCAAACCGUCACCCAAGCCGCAAACUUCUACUACUACAGAACGGUGACAUCGACAGCAACAUCGACAGCAAUAGUAGCCAGGACGACGACCACCCAGUUUAGAACGGCCACGGUGGUUAGAACCACCACUCAAACCAGGACAGUCACCGUCCGAGGUUGA